AGUCCAAUCCAGGGCAAGGGCCCUCCGCCCAAAAAUUUUUUCUUUCUUUGUGAGUAAUCAGCCGGGCGAUAAAUCUGCUCGCUGCCCGCCUCUGCGCUUUUUUUCUUCACCCCUUCACCACCACUCCACCUGCCUCUGCUUCUCGCCAGAUACACAUACACACGCAAUGCCACCAUCUACCACUGGUAUGCAUCGUCGUCUCCUUCUUCUCCUUCUUCUGCUCUCUUGAAUAUGUCGCUAACUCCCCCAGACGCUUUCGAAAAAGUCGCCGAGGCUGUCAAGCCCGAGCAGGUCAAGUCCAACCCCUACGGACCCAAUCCCUCCGACUUCCUCUCAAACGUCUCCCGCUUCAAGCUCAUCGAGUCCACCCUCCGUGAGGGCGAGCAGUUCGCCAACGCCUUCUUCGACACCGAGAAGAAGAUCGCCAUCGCCAAGGCCCUCGACGACUUCGGCGUCGACUACAUCGAGCUCACCUCCCCGGCCGCCUCAGAGCAGAGCAGGCUCGACUGCGAGGCCAUCUGCAAGCUCGGCCUCAAGGCCAAGAUCCUCACCCACAUCCGAUGCCACAUGGACGACGCCCGCAUCGCCGUCCAGACCGGUGUCGACGGUGUUGAUGUCGUCAUCGGCACCUCGCAGUUCCUCCGCGAGUACUCCCACGGCAAGGACAUGAACUACAUCGCAAAGUCCGCCAUCGAGGUCAUCGAGUUCGUCAAGUCUCACGGCAUCGAGAUCCGCUUCUCGUCAGAGGACUCCUUCCGCUCCGACCUCGUCGACCUCCUCAACAUCUACCGCACCGUCGACAAGAUCGGUGUCAACCGUGUCGGAAUCGCCGACACCGUCGGCUGCGCCAACCCGCGCCAGGUCUACGACCUCGUCCGCACCCUCCGAUCCGUCGUCUCGUGCGAGAUCGAGUGCCACUUCCACAACGACACCGGCUGCGCCAUCGCCAACGCCUACACCGCCCUCGAGGCCGGUGCCACCUUCAUCGACGUCUCCGUCCUCGGAAUCGGUGAGCGGAACGGAAUCACCUCGCUCGGUGGUCUCAUGGCCCGCAUGAUUGCUGCCGACCGCGACUACGUGCUCUCCAAGUACAAGCUGCACAAGCUCCGCGACCUCGAGAACCUCGUCGCCGACCUCGUCGAGAUCAACAUCCCCUUCAACAACCCCAUCACCGGUUUCUGCGCCUUCACCCACAAGGCCGGCAUCCACGCCAAGGCCAUCCUCGCCAACCCCUCCACCUACGAGAUCCUCGACCCCUCCGACUUUGGCCUCACCCGCUACAUCCACUUUGCCAACCGUCUCACCGGAUGGAACGCGAUCAAGUCGCGCGUCGACCAGUUGAACCUCAACCUCACUGACGCCCAGUGCAAGGAGGUCACUGCCAAGAUCAAGGCUCUCGGAGACAUCCGUCCUCUCAACAUCGACGACGUCGACUCCAUCAUCCGCCAGUUCCACGCUGACCAGAGCUCGGAGAUUGCUGAGGCCAUCGCCGCCUAAAUGCAAAAAACGAAAAUAAAACAGAAGUUCUUCGACCUUCUCUAAUCUUACGUCAAAUUGUUGUCAUCUUGGCUGCUGUUACACGUCUUAUUUACCAUGUCUAUUUGUAAUGUUUUAUACUGUUCUAAAAGGUUGGGAGUUACGUUAGUGUGUGUGUUAUUCAAAAGAAGAAAAAAAGAAAUCUGCGACUGUCAUGGAUGGUUAUUGCGGAGCAUGUUUGGGCUCAGUUCUGGUUUUUCUUUUCCUAAUAUCGUUUCAUUGCAUUGUCUUUUUAUGUAUGUAUUGUCUGUGCUUUUGUUGCAGUGUCUGUCAGUAGACAAUGUCUUUUUGUUUGAGAUAGAGCAAAAGUUCUGAAAUGUCGAUGUAUCUGGUAUUCAUCAAUCAAAAGCAGUCUUCUUAUUUCCUCUUUGAGUGUAAGC